CUGCGAGUCCGCUGCAAUAAAGGCAGAUAGCGGACCAUGGGGCGCAGGGGGGAACAGUUUUUAUACUGACAUGUUAGCGCAAUGACUUUUGAGAAACAUCUGACUGGGACGAGGCUCCCGGCGUGAGGAGCACAGGGCCCUUUAAGGGAAGAACAGAGGAGCUCUUGCCAUCAGCCGGGGAACGGGGGACGAGAAGCGGGACGGACGGAGAGGGAGUUUGAGACCAGUCCAGGAACCAGCGGCGGAUCAUCAGCUCGAGCCAUUUGAAUUGAAAGAUGAGCUUGCUGUCUGCCAUAGACACGAGUGCCUCCGUGUACCAGCCCGCGCAGCUCCUCAACUGGGUCUACCUCUCCUUGCAAGACCCCCACCAGACCAGCGCGUUCGACGCGUUCCGACCCGAGCCCAACUCUUCGCACCCGGAUCUCAACUUCAGCAAGACGCCCGGAGCGGCGGAGCUGAGCUCGUCCCUCAACUCCAACUAUCUCAACAACUUCUUUCAGCUGCAGCGGAACGAGGCCUUAAACAACAACGUGUACAAGAACGUGUCACCCUAUGGCUCCCUGAACAACAUAGUGGACGGGCUCAACUCCCUGACGGACCAUUUCUCAGACCUCUCCCUCUCUUCGGAGCCGAGAAAACCCAACAAAAGACCCCCGCCCAACUACCUGUGCCACCUGUGCUUCAACAAGGGCCAUUACAUCAAAGACUGCCCUCAGGCCAGGCCCAAAGGUGAAGGGCUGACACCCUACCAGGGGAAGAAGAGAUGCUUUGGAGAGUACAAGUGCCCCAAGUGUAAGAGGAAGUGGAUGAGUGGCAACUCCUGGGCCAACAUGGGACAAGAAUGUAUCAAAUGCCACAUCAACGUCUAUCCACACAAACAGCGCCCCUUAGAGAAGCCGGACGGCCUGGACGUUUCCGACCAGAGCAAGGAGCACCCGCAACACCUGUGCGAGAAAUGCAAAGUCCUGGGCUACUACUGCCGCCGUGUGCAAUAAUCGCCAACUCAGCGGGUCGGAGAGAGCAAUUUUUGUGUCCCCAGUCCCAUCGUUCAUCCUCCAUCCAGGCUGUCAACUUCCUCCCUGCCCAUCCCGCGCCCAGCUUCCCCCCCCCCCCCCACCGUCCCUGUCCCGCACACAACAUGGCGCCUCUUUCCUCCUCAAGUCUUGCCCUCUGUCUCUUUCGGAAGCCUCACAUUUAGACGGUGGCACUAAUCCUCCCUCCUCCUCGAUGCCGUCCUUCUCCACCCCAGCAAAUAAAUCGGCGGCUCUUCUCAGGCCAGCCACGGAUCGCGGCUUUAUUUAGCCAUGAUGUCUUUCUCUCAUUGUCAGCGUUGAAGGACUGAGAGGAACACGGAAAAACCCGAGGAUCAAUCUCUAUCUUUCGAAGUGCUCUUCAACAAAAGGAAAAAAAAACGUGCCAAAAUCAGAAACCACAAAAGCCCACUGAUUCAGCGUCAUGUUCAACAUCCCCUAAUCCAUGCAUCGGAGUCAAUGACAGUGUUUUGGUCUCAAUAGAUUACCUCACCCUUGGGGUUCGGUGGCUUUGUGUUUACGGAGACCUGCCUUUCAUUCUCCCCGCCAAGUGAAGUGUGUGUGCUAAUGUGAUGAACGUUUCAAGCGGGCCUCUCGUGAUGGUUUAAUGUAUGCGAGGCCUCUGGUGUCUUGCCGUACUAGGGUCAACAGCACAUCUUAUUAACUGUGAAUUAACUGAGGGAUGAUGUGCCAUACAUCCCUCGCUUACAUUUGGCCUAUUUAUUUUCCGGUUUUCUAGUGUGCAAUUUGAAUUUUAACUGGGACAUAAGAAAUGUUUGUUAUUGCUGUAUGUUUGUAUAUCACAUUGUUGUGUGACUGCUUCCACGUGUCUUUAGAAACUACUGUAUGUCCGGUCGCGUAGAGUCGCUCCUCGUCUACAUAUAGUGUGUCGCUAACAGAUAAGGUUUCGCUCGUGCUCCCUUGAGUAUUUUCGUUGCCACACAAAUUUUCAAUUAUCUAUAGUGUUAGGUUUAGGUCUACCAUCUAUAGGUAGAGAUGUCAGAUAGGCACGUUGUGUAAUUCAUAAGAAGGGCAAAUGACAAGGAGCUGGAGCAACACUAGUUUCAGAAAAGACAAAAAAUCUCGCCAGUGCUGAAUAUUCAGUUUUGUUUAAAUCGAAAAAGGAGAAGUGCUCGCCAUAAUUUGAUUAACAUCAUGAAAGGGGACUUUAGAGGUUAAACUGUUCACAUUUAAAGUCUGAUCAGACACAAACUAGUUCAAUACAAAAGAGAUGUUUGUUUCGAAGGAGAUAAAAAUAAUGUUUCAGUUGUCUGGCAACAUUAGAGGAGUCCGUGAAGCUAAAUGGAAAGUUUUUCCGAGGGCUUGUACGCUUCAAAACUGUGUCCGACGGCUGGCUGCAGUGUAAAGAGUGUCCAGAGGGAGGUGAAGCUUCUGAGAGGACUUUCAGGUUGCUUGAGAGAAACAAUGAGAUUCAAUACAGGAGGGCUGAUUUGUGAUGUGAUGACGCUGAAGAUUCAAGGAUAUAUUGAAAGUGGUGAUGAAUUAAGUUUGCGCUUAUAUUCAUUUUUAUGGGGCCUACAAUUAUAAACCAAUGUCUUUAAAGAAAGAGUUUACGUAGACAACCGUGCGGACCUAGAAACCUGCCUUACAAGGAACCGUGUUAUAGGAAGUAUGAACUCUUUUAUAUGUACUGUAUUUGUAGCCUUACAAAAGCUGGUUGACUAUAUUUUAUACUGUUGCGUUAUGUAUGUGCCUUAAAGAUUUGAAUCAUUCUGAAGUAUGACGACUAGGCCAUUUGAAAUUAGGAAAAGACAUGUGGGGAUAGGCUCAGAGUUGGAGCGGUGUACAGUGUGUGCGUGUGGUAACUGUGGUGCGUAAUAAGUUUAAUGCAGGUUCAAGAUUUGACAGAAGGACAAGAAAAAAGGGACCGAGUUCCUCUAUUAGCAGUUUGAACUGGCAUCAACACGGUUUUCGCUGAGUUGGAGGCGCGGGCUCAACCAGCGCUUCCAGCUGGCAACAACAAUCCUCCUGUGGUCUGUUGUCAUGGAAUAUCAACAAAGAUGUUAUUUCUUAGUCGAUCCUCAGAGCAGAAUGGAGUCGCACGUGAAAACUGUGGACCUCACCCUUUGUGUUUUUUCCCUGUCUAUUGUGAAUAUGUUUAUCGAAGGAACUACGUUUUUUUUGUCAAGAAAUAUACAUGUUCACUUGCCUUAGUGGGAGAGUUGUGUGCGGUGGCUGACCAUGGUACCUUACAGUGUGGGUUCAGAUGGAUUCCAUCGGUAAAGCUAAAGGGGCACUCCAGCAAUUAAGCACGUGUAAAAAUGAAGAUCAGUGCAGCAAAGUCGGGGCUAACCUCACUUUUGGUCCCUGGUUUGACUUCAGUUUCAAAAACACUUGCCUCCUACAUUUCCCACAAUGCAACUCGAUAGCAUCUUCCCCUGCAUGGUACAUGCCCUCCCCUUUAAAGCUCCAAACCUUCUGUCCAUAACUCAGCCUUUGUCUUGGAAAAGUGUCUCCCACACCCAGGCAGAGAUCACACCGUCCAGGUUGAGAGCCACAUGGGAUCCUACAUUUCCCAUAAUGCAACUCAACAGCACUCGCCGCCCCAGGAGGAGAUAGCCCUAAUUUCAUCCCCCGACAGGGUUCUUUUUCUCAGACUUGACAAAGCUCUUCGAGAGCCACAAUCGUACAGCUGUUUGGUGCACCGCCUGCUACUUGUGCCAAAGCAAACUGAACUUCGGGAGUAGAAUUGGUGGAGUGCCCCUUUAAAAGAGGGAAUUAGCGUAUUAUCACGAGCUUGAGACCUGAACCGAGUGAAAAGGUCUGUCCUUUAACCCCGUCACUGCUGGGAACAAUCCACACCUCUUGCCUUUAGCGUCGUCUUUCUUUAGCCCUGUGUCGACGAGACUAACCCAACAGCCUCUUUUACUUUACACCUGAACCUCACUGUCCACACUAUACCACGUGGCAGAGAGGAAUAUAUACCAAUGAUGCCUUGCGGACUGACCUCGCAAACAAGUAACAAUGCUACCGUAAUCCACAGUGUGCUGGCAGAAUAUAGAAAUGAGAAGUACGGUAGGUAGUGAGAAAUCCUGUCGAAGAGUUUGAUUCCGCCCCGACACGUAAUGAGGAGUCCAUUUUAAAUGGCAAAUCACGAGGCGACGGAAGCAGCCGAUACAAUACAUUUGAGAAAAAGAAAGAAGAAGAAAGACAAAAAAAAGAAAUCACUGCUUUCAGACGUAGUGUCUUGAAUUACAUAUACUUGACUUUUAUAGUACCUUUUCAGUUCAAAUUUGUUUUCUAUGAAUGAGAUGUGUAUUUUGGAAACACUAGAUGUUGAAAUUUUUAAAGCAAUCUGCAAAAAAACUCAAGAGUUAUUUCCCUGACAAAGAUAAGACUGUUUUUUUCUGUAUAUAUUUGAUGGCCAUCAUCUUUAAGGAUAGUAGCUCUUUUCGAAGUGUAAUGCAAUAUUGAAGCUUUUUUUUUUCUCUCGUGUGAAGAAGGGCCUAUUGCUGAGAAAUAAAGCUGGGAGUUUUCUUUUUUUUUUUUCGUUAUGUUUUACAAUAGUCUGAUGGGGUUAUCCCGCAGAAAUAUUUAUGGAAAUAUUUUUUACAACACUUUUUUGUAUAGAAUAUGCAACAAAGUUACACUAAGAAGGAAAUAUUGAUGUCUACAUAGAAUAUUAUUAAAAAAGCUGGUACAUAAUUAAUACCCUUUCUUAAUUAUAAGCCAUUGUAUUUUUUGUGUUUUGUUUUAUGUUAUCAGUGUUGAAUAACCCCACAAAGUUAUUCAGUUGUAACUAACUAUGAGCUGCCAUUUACGCCCCAUACGGUCGCAUGUAUUCACCUUGUAAACAGUUACAAUAUUAUGAAGAUAUAUUGUGUUAACAUGCAGAAAUCUUGUUUGUUCCCUUAUUUAGCAAUGGAUACUCACCACUGUAUAAGCACGUUAAAACUGUGAGAUGUAGUUUGCUUAAAGCAGCAAUGACAAGAAUCUAUUAUAAAAUGUUACAGUGUUAUUAGUAGUUUUAGCGAGUGUAUACUUUUGUCAAGGAAGCGCGUGAGACAAAGAACUAUUUUAGAGUUUGCAUGUGCAUGCGUUUGGUUUUGAAUGAAAUAUCAAUUUUGUGCAAUGUACACUUAUUUAAGUACUUUUCGGUAGUCUGCUAUAGUACAUAUUGUUUUUAACGUUAUCGGCAACUCCUGAUUGUUAUUAGUCCUGAAAAGUAGCUCAUUUACGUUUGCUCGCGUAGCCUCUGCGAAUAAUACAUAUUUACUGAAUGUAAUGUGUUAACACUUAUGUGGUCAAUUUUGCAAAAGUUAUGUCUGUACUCUUUACCUUCUGUAUCACUUGAGAUGUUUUGUAAUGCAAUAUUGCAAUAAUGUAAUAUUUGAAUUGGACAGGACACGGGCGUGAGGUUGGGAAGACAAUGAUUUUUUUAUUUUUGGGCAGUCAUGGUUUCGAGAGUAGACCGCGGGUCUGUUUUUCAUGUCCAUGAAAUGGCAUUCCAAAAUGUGCCUUAUUUGUUAGUUUGGAAAAACAUUUUAGUGCUGUAGAGCUGUCGAGAGUUUGAUGAAUAAAAAUCAUAUUGAAUUAGGA